CCGCAGAUCCUCUUCCCCAACAAUAGGCAAUAACAUCAAGUUUGCCACGUCCUUUAAAGUCAUAGUGACUUCUCCAAAAGCAAGGACGAAGGUAUGAGUGCUUGUGCACCAUCUCUAUACCAAGCGAUGGAGGCAUUCCACAUUGUCGCUGAUCUGAAGGCAAUCGACAUUAGUAGCAAGUCUCGCAUUUCGAGUCUCGCUCGCAUAAUGUUGCGCGACGAGGGAAACCAUGCCGCACUAACAUCACCCCCUUUGAAAGCCUUGAGCGAAACUAAAUCUUUCUAUUUCUCAGACGCCCGUCUCGUCGACCAAGCAUUGAAUUCCAAGAAGCCAUCCUGGAAAGUGUAGGUCAUGUGCCUGUAAGCACUUUUUGUCUCAAGGGAAACAUAUUCUAGAAGCCCAAAAUAUUUGUUCAACCUUCUCUAUCUGUACAUGUUUGAGUCGAGAACUUCUCUAAGUUCUCUUCCUUCAAAUUCCGAGUCAUAUUGGGCUUAGUAAAUUUUUAAGAAUUGUUUUUUUAAAAGCCUUACAAGGGAUCAUAAUUUUAAAAAUCAAAGAUAUUUUUUUAAAAAAAUAACAAAAACACUCAUUAAUAAAUUUAUUAUUAUUAGCUAAAUUGGUUUUGAGCUACGUUUUGUCUAUUUUAUGAUUAUAAACCAUAAAGACGCACAUAUGACAUAUUUUAAAAACAAUUAUUAAAUACGUACUAAAAUA